UCUGGCCCGGCGGCGAGAGCUGCAUCUCGGCUGAGAGAAGUUUUUUUGCGGGUAAAACAUCGUUUUUGUUUUGCUGUGCGUCCUUCCUGCGUCGUCUGUGCUCGGUCGAUACAACUGCGCACCGGGAGGACUAAAUGGCUCGAAGCGAAAGGAAACAAAGGUGAUACAGAAGAUUACCUACUCAUCCCAGACGUGAGGUUGAGCAGUGGUCGUGUUUUUAGCCACAGCACCGCCUGCUCAUACCGCCGAGGUCUCCAUUGUGUGAGCAUCUCUGUGCUAUUCCACCGACCUCCCCCCCCCUCCCCUAAAAAUCCCGCGCUGCCACCAACACACGCCGGCUUUUAUUUUUAUUAUUAUUAUUAUUAUUAUUUUUCUUUUCAGUUGAACUUUUUUUUUAUAUAUCUUGAAUCGAAAAUGUGUUCUCGGGUUUGGUUCGUGACCGACCGGCGCAUCAGCCAGGAGUACCCCCAGGUUCAGAUCCUCCGGGCUCUGAAGGAGCGCUGCGCCGACGAGGAUGUUGAAUUCCGCUCUCUCCUCAUGGAUCAAAUCGUGCUCACGAUUAGCGAGGGGCAAUUAGGUCUGCGGGUGGAGCAGGAGCUGGUGACGUCUUAUCCGCAGGUGGUGGUGGUGCGGGUGCCCACGCCUUGGGUUCAGUCGGACAGCGACAUCACCGUGCUGCGCCACCUGGAGAAAAUGGGCUGCCGGCUCAUCAACCGGCCCCAGGCCAUACUCAACUGCGUCAACAAGUUUUGGACCUUUCAGGAACUAGCCGGACACGGGGUGCCUCUUCCCGACACCUUCUCCUACGGAGGGCACGACAACUUCCGAAAGAUGAUUGACGAGGCCGAGCCCCUGGGCUACCCCGUGGUGGUGAAGAACGCACGUGGCCACAGAGGUAAAGCUGUGUUCCUGGCACGAGACAAGCACCAUCUGACGGACCUGUGCCACCUGAUCCGCCAUGACACCCCUUACCUGUUCCAAGAGUAUGUCAAGGAGUCGCAUGGCCGCGACGUGCGGGUGGUGCUGGUGGGCGGCCGUGUCAUCGGCUCCAUGCUGCGCUGCUCCACUGAUGGUCGCAUGCAGAGCAACUGCUCCCUGGGUGGUGUCGGUAUGAUGUGCCCCCUGAGCGAGCAGGGCAAGCAGCUGGCCAUAGAGGUGUCCAACAUCCUCGGCAUGGACGUGUGCGGCAUAGACCUCCUGCAGAUGAACGACGGUUCGUUCGUGGUGUGCGAGGCCAACGCCAACGUCGGCUUCAUCGCCUUCGACCAGGCCUGCGGCAUGGACGUGGCGGGCAUCGUCGCCGACUACGCCCUGUCGAUGCUCCCCAGCCGCCUCACCCGCAAGAUGUCCCUGCUGUCCGUCGUGUCGAGCACCAGCGAGACCAGCAGCGAGCCCGAGGUGUGCACCGUGCCCGCCGGCAACGGCUCGCUGCCCGAGGCCGUCUGCAACAUGAGCGUGGGUUCCACUUCCAGCGAGAGCGACCCGGAGUUGGCCGAGCCCUCCCAGUCCUCGCCCCGGCAGUCCGCCGCCCCGGCCCUGCCCGACCUCCCCGACCUCCCCGACCAAGCCUACAACUUCAACGCUCUCCUCGCCAAUGAGAUCAAGCUAUAGACUGAGUGAGAUUCAAGCAGCUUCGUGCACACACGACACACACAUCCAUAUUUAAAACACACGCCUGUACGAAUGGCAACAAACAUUCCUUUUUAAGAACACGCAUCAGUCCAAAAAAAAAAAAAAUUAUUAAACAUGAAGAGCAGAGAAAAAAACACAUACAGACACAAAAACUAGAGCCUACUCCUACUUUAAAAAAGGAAAAGAUCUGAGGCUGCUCCCCUGACUCUCCUCUCUUUGCACCUCUAUUCCCAAACUGAACGUCCCACUGUCUAAACAUAGGGUGGGAUAUAGUACAUGAGACAAAUUUACCUCUUCUAGUUUAUAUUUGCAGUGAAGGAUUCCCAUAAAUACACACACCUGCCAUAUUUUUAUCUUCACAGUACAGUACCAUUAAUCAAGUAGAAUCUACAUAGGUUUUUUUUUUUAUUAUUAUUAUUUUUUUUUUGCAGAGGUUUUAGUCCAUUUUGGCAGAUUGGAGACAAAACAAACCUUUCUUUUUUUUUUUUGGUCAAGUUGUUGGUGAGAGGAAUACAUCCUCAUGCUAGGCACAUCAUACUGUCAGUUCCAAUGUAGCAAUGUAGAGCCCCUGUUAAGGAGCCACCCUGUAGCAACUGGAUUCAUAAUAAAUGAGAAAUGAAAUCAUUCCUCGCUAUGUGGCAUGUGUCAUAUGUUGUUAGUUCAACAUACCAGCAACUAAAGUCUCAAAAUCCAGAAAAAUCCCAGUUUUGAAUCGAUACGUUUCACACGUAGCUGAGAACGCUACGCUACAAUAACGCUAAUAAGACAACAUCCAUCUGGUGCUGACAGUGUCCAUAAAUUCAUUCUGUGCAUGAUGUAAUGUAAAGCUAAGCAACUCCAUUCACCCAUGCAAAGAAAUAGACGUGAAAAGUAGCAGAUUUGUUUUAAGAGUCG